AUGUCAACAGAGACAGAGCUACAGCCAGCGGUCAGGCCCAGCAGUGUCAGACGGGACUCCAAAAGGAAAGGGCAGGAUCGCAGUGAAACGGCUCUCAUCAGACGUUUUAAGGGCGAUGGCGUCCGCUACAAGGCCAAGCUCAUCGGCCUGGACGAAGUCACCGCGGCCCGUGGAGACAAACUCUGCCAGGACUCGAUGAUGAAGCUCAAGGGUAUAGCUGCUGCGGCACGGUCCAAAGGAGAUCACAAACAGAAGGUGUUUCUGACUGUUUCCUUUGGAGGGAUCAAGAUCUUUGAUGAGAAGUCAGGGGUCCUCCAUCACCACCAUGCGGUCCACGAGAUCUCCUACAUUGCCAAGGACAUCACGGACCACCGAGCCUUCGGCUACGUCUGCGGGAAGGAAGGGAACCACCGCUUCAUGGCCAUCAAGACGUCACAGUCGGCUGAGCCGGUGAUUCUGGACCUGCGGGACUUGUUCCAGCUCAUCUACGAGAUCAAGCAGAGAGAAGAGAUGGAGAAGAAGGCCCAGAAAGACAAGCAGUGUGAACAGGCCGUCUACCAGACAAUACUGGAGGAGGAUCUGGAGGACCCGGUGUACCAGUACAUUGUGUUUGAGGCGGGACACGAGCCCAUCCGCGACCAAUCGGAAGAGGGCAUUUAUCAGGUUCCCACCAGUCAGCAGAAGGAAGGGGUCUAUGACGUCCCCAAGCGACACCCAAAUAUCAACCAGUUAGAGAUUUUCGGAGACAUGUCCACACCUCCUGACAUCUACUCUCCGUCGACUCCCGCCUCUCCAGCCAACACCCUUGACCAUUCGCUGGGUCUGCAGCCUCCCACGGAACUGUUUUCUCCCUUCAAUCCUGCGUCUGUGCCCUCAGGUUAUGUGACGAUGGGAGCGGUCCCCCCCGGCCACUGGUCCCAGCAGGCGUUCGCUGCCCAGACGCCGCUGGCCUUCGGGGUCCAGUCUCCGCUCGGCCCAAUGGCCCAGGUCCUGCCAGGCGGCCAGCCUCUCAUCUGGGGCCAGGCCAACAUCUUCCCUGCCACCCAGCAGCAGUGGGCAGCCAUGGCAGCCGGAGCCUUCUCCCCUACAGCCUACCUCCCUGGCCAGCCUGUGGGCACCCUGCCCGCCGCCAUGUUCCAGACUCUCACCCCCGUCACGACCCUGACUCCAGCCGGCGAGUGCCAUUCAGGCGCUGGAGCGAGCGCUUCAGCUGCUUCCCCUUCAGCGUCGUCGAGUCCGCAGCAUGGGGAGAGGGGGAAGAAGAUGGGCAAGGAAAUGUUCAAGGACUUUCAGCUGGCGAAGCCUCCGGCCAUGCCGUCGAAGAGGGGGGAACAGCCCAGCUUAGCAGGAACCACAGAUGCAUUCAGCAGUUACUUCAGCCGUGUGGGCACUGCCCAGGACACGGACGACUGUGACGACUUUGACAUUUCCCACAUGAAUCUGACACCAGUCACCUCCACAACACCAUCCACCAACUCGCCGCCCACCCCAGCUCCCAGGCUGAGCCCUCCCUCCAAGUCCUCCGCCUCCCAUGUCAGUGACCCCCCCACCGACGCCACGGACCCCCCCACAGACGACUCAUUUGGGGAAGCAGAGGGCAGCCCUAUUCGCAGUGGAGAGGAGGAUGCUGUAAGUGCGUGUGGUUCUGGGUCGCCCUGCCCCAGUGAAACAGCCGAUCCCAGCCCAGACCAGGCCAGUCCAGAGGCUGGGAGCUAG